AGAUCAUCAACUCCACAAUCUAUAACAGUUCAGUCAGCUGUUUGUGAUGAGAAGGUUGUACUCUGAGACAAAGUAUUGGAUAACGAACAGCAGAAUGGAUCAGCUACUUACGAAGGUGAGAACUUUGGUGAAAAGCACCGGAAAAAUGGUGAAGGCGUUAAGUGACUCAAGUUUGAAAUCAACGGCAAUCCAGGUAGCUGUGGGCAUCUUAGCGAACUGGGGUAUGUUGAUAACUGGAUUUGUCAUGGGGUUCCCGUCAGCAGUAUUGCCACCUCUGCUAGGUACUGGUCCUGGCCUGCAUACCUCUGUUGAAGAAGCGUCUUGGGUGGCGAGCAUAGCAUACAUUUCGGCGCCCCUUUCGUGUGUAUUGGCGGGAAAACUGAUCGACAACUUAGGUCGCCGCUGGGGUCUGCUGAUGGUGAACCUGACGUUCGCUGCUGGCUGGUUGCUCAUAGCGGCGUUCCCUUUCUCCCUUCUCGCCCUGUACAUCGGGCGUUUGCUGACAGGAACAGGCCUGGGCAUGGCCUCCUGUACCGCCUCCACAUACACCGUAGAGAUCAGCUCGGUAACACUGCGCACCGCUUUGGCUUCCUUAACCCCCGUCAUGAUGGCUGUCGGUACUUUCCUCGUCUACCUCGGCGUGCUGCUGUAUCAGGAAUCAUACAGAGAAGUUUCCAUUUUUGCAUUCGUCCUUUCAAUAUCGUCGUUAGUGCUGACGCUGCUGCUGCCGGAAAGCCCACUGUGGCUGCUGAGCAGAGGCCGUGCUGAAGAAGCGCUGCAGGCUCUGCAGAAACUGCGAGGAGCGUCAGCCCCCGAGCAGGUCAAGGAGGAGCUGGACAGCUUCAGCAGCAGAGCGAGCGACGAGCAGCAGACAACCUCCUGGCUCUCCACCUUCCACAACCUGCGGCAGCCUCAAGCCUACAAGCCACUCCUUAUCAUGAUCGCGUACUUUCUCUUGUCACAGAUGUGUGGAGUUGUGAUAGUUAUCAAUUUUGCGGUGGAUUUCGCCUACAAUGCUGGAAUAGAAGCACAAGCUUAUAUCGUAGCUUUGUGUAUCACUUUUGUGCGCAUGCUUUCUACUUUCCUGACUAGCUGGGUUUGUAGUAGGUUUGGUAGGAGAAGACCUGCUCUGACGUCUGGUGUCCUAGUAUGUGUGCUUCUGAUUCUGCUGACACUGGCGGUAUCUUCCCUUGUCAUCCUACCCCCUUGGCUCACUAGCUCAGUAGUUCUUGCGUAUGUCCUCACCAGCUGCGUAGCUUUCUCCUCUCUUCCUUGGUCCAUGGUGGGGGAGGUCUUUCCAACCGAUGUGCGAGGGGUGGCCAGUGGGAUUGUCGCAGGGAUCGGCUACGUGGCCAGUUUCGCGGCCGUGAAAGCCUACCCGGUUCUCGUCCUAUCUAUAGGAGCGUUUCCUAUAUUUUUGUGUUUCACAGUGUUCGGGUUUAUAACAACCUUUUUCAUUUAUAUUUUUCUACCAGAGACACACAAGAAAACACUUUCCGAGAUCGAAGAAUAUUUUAAAGGCGAGUGUAAACUAUAACAGUUUUAAAUUGCAAAUCAGAUUUGUUCAAAAUACGUUAAAUAUACUUUGAGUGCAGAGAUGUCACUGUACUAUGCGAUUUCUAAAACACUUCUCAUUUUGGAUAAAAAACAAGUUUGUCUACCUACAAGUUCCGUUUAAGUUUGUAUGUAGAAACUUAUACAAUUUGUAAGAUAUCUGAUUUUGCUUGACCGAUUUCAUCUUUAUUAUGUUACUAAAUAUUACAUAAAUGCACUAUGAUAGCUCUAAGGAGCAAGAUGAUUUAUGACGUAUUAAAGCUGAUGUUUAAGAUGACCUAUAAAUAAGGGUAUUAUCCUUGGUAAGUCUUGCAAAUUUAAACAAGGCGCGUCUGUCUUUACGCACUUGUAAAUUAUACAUCAUGUUCUACCAAGUAUUUGUCUAAAACUACCAAUAAAUAUUU